AUGGUCAUGAAGACGGAUCCGAAGAAUAGCGACUACGAGAUGGAAUCCGGAGCGUCCAGAAAUUUCGAGCCAUGGCGAGCGUCGGACGAGCAGAAGGCGACCGCGAAGCGGCAGCGCGAGGAGGAAGAAAUGGGCGACGCCAUGCGCGCUCUCGAGAAUCGAACCCUCGACUCCAAGAUGGAAAUGGACAUUCUCGCGGCCUUGGACGAAAUGAAAUCGAUGCGUGCGCGACAAGCAACCCUAGAUCCAGCAGCGGUUCUGGAGGUGCUUCAGAGAUCGGCCGGCGGAGCUGGUGGGAGCGGAGGAGGAGUGUUAGCGGAUCCGAAACAACUAACGGAAGAAGACGAGGAGCUGAUUAAAAAGAUAGUAUUCAGAAAAUCAGAGAAGUUUGUAAAGAGGAUAGACAGUGACGAGGAGGAUGAGGGGGAAGAAGGUGAGGGAGCUGAAGCCAGCAACAAGGAUCAGCAAGGAGGGGUUAAAAGGGCUCGUAUUGUCGCCAAUGGAGGCGAAGGCGGUGGUGAUGUUCCGGGUGAUAAUGGAGCUGAAAUUGCUGGAGGCAAUGCUGAUGGUUCAGGGGGUUCCAGUGCUGGUGGCUUGCAGCGAGAUGACGAGGAGAAGGGGAAAGCUGCGUUAACCAACUUGUUUUCAACCUAUGGUUCUGAUGAUGAUGACGAGGAUGAGUAA